AUGAUGUCCCAGUCGCUCCGGGCUUCGCGCUCCCUUCUCACCCGUGCCGCUCGGCAACAGGCUCCCGUCGCUGCUCGCCGCACCUUCCUGACUUCCACUGUCCGUCGCGCCGACCAGGUUCAGGAACUCUACCUGCGUGAGCUUAAGGCCUACAAGCCUACUCCCGUGAAGCCCAGCGAUGCCGAGGGCAACGUUCAGACCUUCAACCUCCCCAAGGCUCCCCCCUCCCCCGAGGAGGCCAACCUCGCCAGUGAGCUGUCCGCAUACGAAGCCCAGCAGGUCGAGGUCGAGGGUCAGUCCGCCGCCGGCGAGGCUGCCCCCGCCGAGGAGAGCUGGUUCGAGGAAGAUGAGGAGGAGGCCGCUGCUGCCCACUAA